GUUAUCAUGUUGGAAUACUGCCCUGCGCCCAGUUUUCGAAGGGAGGGGAUCAUGCUCUGCUUCAGUAUGUCACAGUACAUGUUAGCAUACAUGGUCCCCUCAACGAACUGUAGCUCCCCAGUGCCGGCAGCACUCAUGCAGCCCCAGACCAAGACACUCCCACCAUCAUGCUUGACUCAAUGCUGGCAGCACUCAUACAUCUAUUUCCCAAAGACAACCUCUGGACAUGACGUCGAGCACGUGCACUCUGUAUGGUCUUGGCCACCAUGCUGCAGCUCAGUUUCAGGGUCUUGGCAAUCUUCUUAUAGCCUAGGUCAUCUUUAUGUAGAGCAACAAUUCUUUUUUUCAGAUCCUCAGAAAAUACUUGAAAAUGCCAUGAGGUGCCAUGUUGAACUUCCAGUGACCAGUAUGAGAGAGUGAGAGAGAUAACACGAAAUUUAACACACCUGCUCCCCAUUCACACCUGAGACCUUGUAACACUAACGAGUCACAUGACAC